AUGAAUAUCCUAAUGAUGUUGCUGACCUGGAUCAAGUUCGCGUUCUCGAUCCCUCGAAGUGAGCCGAUGACAAGAACGGAGAAGUUCGUCCAGUGGUCAUCGCUGUUUGCCUACUGCAUAACUGGUUUCUCAUUUAUUGCUGCCCCUCAGAUGUAUAACAUCAUAUUAGGGCUGGAUUACCAAGGGCGCUCUGAGGGAUAUAUCCGAUUAUUUGGAAUAAGCCUCGUGGAUAUCGGAGUUAUAUUUGUAAUACUGGCUCGUUGUGAAGACAAAGUAAGCCGCUAUGGCACUAUAUUCAUUUCGAUUUUCAGUCGUCUCCUUUGGGUACCAAUCACCGGGGUGCUGCUAAUCGUUCGAGAAAUGGUCCCCUUGAGUUUUGCCCUUCUUUUCAUGGUCCUCGACCCUUGUCUUGCUUUGGUGACCUUGCUGAUUUGGCUCUCUGAGGAGAGAGGGCCAUUGCUCGGCACCUUUUGCGAAGAAUUACUCGCACUACUCCGAGCUUGUGGCCGACUUAAAACGAGGGGCUCUAUUCUGAUUAUUCUGUCCUGUUUCAUAAUUGGUUUAAUUCAGUUAAUUUUCUGGUAUAUCUUCGUAGUAAGGCCAGAUUUUGCUCAAGCAUUAUUUAAGCUUGAGCAGUUUGAAGGGUUUGCCAGUGGUUAUCUGUCCACAUUCUUCUAUCUUAUCUCAAUACAUGGUUUAUAUCAUGUGCUCUGUGCUCUCAAUCUAAACAGUUGUCUCCCACAUGGAUCUAUUUUUUAUCGUGUGUUACUCGAUCAGCCAGUUUUUCUUAUUUUGUUUUUCCUUGAACAAAUUGAACGAAACCUCUUCCUCGUGCUUCUAUGCAUUGAUGUCCCUCCUGCCAUUAUUGUCCUAUUGUCGCUGGUCAAAGAAGGAUAUCCAAAGGAAAACAACAAAGUC